AUGGGGGAGUGGGCGUUUCUAGGCUCCCUGCUGGACGCGGUGCAGCUUCAGUCGCCGCUCGUGGGUCGCCUCUGGCUGGUGAUCAUGCUGAUCUUCCGCAUCCUGGUGCUGGCCACGGUGGGAGGUGCCGUGUUCGAGGACGAGCAGGAGGAGUUCGUGUGUAACACGCUGCAGCCCGGCUGUCGCCAGACCUGCUACGACCGCGCCUUCCCGGUGUCCCACUACCGCUUCUGGCUCUUCCACAUCCUGCUGCUGUCGGCGCCGCCGGUCCUGUUCGUCAUCUACUCAAUGCACCAGGCUAGCAAGGAGGCGGGUGGUGCGCAGCCGGCCACGCCGUGCACGCGCGGGCGUCCCGAGGCCCCGUGCCCACCGUGCGCCCUGCGCGCCCGCCGCGCGCGCCGCUGCUACCUGCUGAGCGUGGCUCUGCGCCUGCUCGCCGAGCUGGCCUUUCUGGGCGGCCAGGCGCUGCUCUACGGCUUCCGCGUGGCCCCGCACUACGCGUGCGCCGGUCCGCCUUGCCCGCACACGGUGGACUGCUUCGUGAGCCGGCCCACGGAGAAGACCGUCUUCGUGGUCUUCUACUUCGCCGUCGGGCUGCUCUCGGCGCUGCUCAGCGUGGCCGAGCUGGGCCACCUGCUCUGGAAGGGUCGCCAGCGCGCGAAGCUGCUCCCGCCCCCGCCGCCGCCCUCUCUACCUUCGCAGCGUGGGGAUCCUGACCCCUUUGGCCCGCCAGCCUACGCGCACCGCGCCCCGGCCGGUGACAGCGAAGGCGGCAGCGGCCACAGCAAGGCGUCGCUGGCCACCAUGCGCCAGGACCUGACCAUCUAGCGG